AUGUUCAAAAUGUCUAACUUAACUCAAACUAUCACUGCCCCCAAUGGUGUGAGCUACCAACAGCCCACCGGUCUUUUCAUUAAUAACCAAUGGGUCGCUUCGUCGUCUGGCCAAAAGCUCCAGUCUAUUAACCCUGCAACCGAGGAAGAGAUUACUUCAGUUCAGGCCGCCACGGCGGAAGAUGUUGACAAGGCGGUUCGUGCUGCCCGCGCUGCAUUUGAGGGAGAAGAAUGGCAAAAUAUUGUUGGGACUGCUCGUGGCAAGUUGAUGCACAAAGUGGCCGACUUGGUUGAAAGUCAGCAACAUGUUCUAGCCACAAUUGAGGCACUGGACAAUGGCAAGCCCUACUCCCAGGCCCUGGGUGACAUUGAGGAGGUCUUCUCGGUUUUCCGGUAUUACGGAGGCUGGGCCGACAAGGCUUACGGACAAACUAUCGAGACUAGUCGCUCCAAGUUUGCUUAUACCAUGCGCGAACCUAUUGGUGUUUGUGGUCAGAUUAUUCCAUGGAACUAUCCACUCGGGAUGGCAGCGUGGAAGUUGGGCCCUGCACUAGCUUGCGGUAAUACAGUGGUUAUUAAAGCCGCCGAGCAAACCCCUCUUUCUAUUCUCUAUUUUGCAAACAUCCUGGUUGAAGCAGGGUUCCCACCCGGUGUGGUCAAUAUCAUCAAUGGCUAUGGUCGUGAAGCUGGCUCAGCCUUGGUCCAGCAUCCUGAAGUCGACAAGGUGGCAUUCACCGGCAGUACACCUACAGGUAAACAGAUAAUGCGGAUGGCCAGUGAUACCAUGAAAAACAUCACGCUUGAGACAGGAGGGAAAAGCGCUCUCGUCGUCUUCGAUGACGCUCAGAUCCCCAAUGCAGUCAAGUGGGCACAUUACGGUGUGAUGGGCAACAUGGGCCAAAUCUGCACCGCAACAUCGAGGAUUUUUGUGCACGAGAAAAUCUACGAUACUUUCAUUCAAAGUUUCAAAGAAUACGUUGCCAAAGUCCAAGUAAUUGGCUGCCCAUUCGAGGAGAAAACGUACCAAGGCCCCCAAGUCUCCAAGGGUCAAUUUGAAAAGAUUCUCGAAUAUGGCAGAAUUGCCCAGGAGGAAGGUGCCACAAUCGUUGCCGGCGGCAAGGCUGCCGAAGGUCGACCCAACGGUAAAGGAUACUUUGUGGAACCUACGAUAGUUCGUGAUGUGCAGCCGCAUAUGCGAAUCUACAAAGAAGAGAUCUUCGGGCCAUUUGCGGUCUUCGUCAAAUUCUCAACCGAGGCAGAAGCAAUCCGGUUAUCGAAUGCGACGGAAUAUGGCCUUGCCGCUGCUGUGUGCACAAGUGAUAUUACGCGGGCUCACCGUGUGGCUAACAAGUUGAAAGCUGGCAUGGUCUGGAUUAAUUCCAGCAACAAUAGUGAUUUCCGUGUACCCUUUGGUGGAGUGAAGCAGAGUGGUAUUGGAAGAGAGUUAGGCCAGGCAGGGUUGGAUGCGUACUCGCAACUCAAGUCGGUUCAUUUGAAUCUGCAGCUUACAGAGCUAAUCUAG